UAUAUCAUAGGGUUUUGUUUCAUAUUGGAAAACUUGAAAAAAUAUGUUUGUCUUAACAGUAUUAUUUUUUGUUAUCAUUUCAGCAAAGCUUACAUGGAAUAUCUAGCUUGUCCCAAGAUGACAGUGGACCUUUUCUUUUAGUGUCUUGUAUGGAUAACCGAGUUUAUCUGUGUGACAAUCUUCAACUUGAAAAAGGGCUUGUACAAUCUUUUUCUGGGGUUGGAUUGAAUAUUUUUGUCAAGGCUGCAAUUAGCCUUGAUGCAUCCAAUGUUGUCUGUGGUUCUAGUGAUGGAAAUGCCUAUGUUUGGAAGGUUACAUUUCUUACUUUUAAUGAGAUAUUGCAAGUUGGAUACUUAGGUUGCAUUUGUUAUGGAAUUUCACUGAACUUUAAAAAUUCAGGUUGACAAGUCUCAGGAAUAUCCUACCAUUUUGAAAAGUCAUGAUGGCAAAGUUACAACAGUUACUUGGUAAAUUGGAAAUCUAGUUGGUUCUAGUUCUCUUUAUUUAAUGUUUCUUUCUAGGCGAAAUCUAGGGUAGACCACUGCAUGUGAAUGGGUGGACUAAGAAAUAAAAAGACACUUUUCAUAUAGUUUUCGCACCUCAAUCAUCGAUCCAACCAUGGCCAACCAGCAAUUAGUCUACACCCUAAUCGACCGCAGCAAAAUCACAUCUUGCUCAAUUUAAUCACUCUUCCGAAACCCCUCAACCCUAAUCAAACCCCAUUGCUUCGCCAUGACCACGAUUACCGCAUCUAAGGUUUCUACAACGGAAUACUAUGUUUGCCCAAUGUUCUCUAAAGUUACGUCAGAUUAUGGAACCCUCAUCAUCACAUACUUUUGCAGACCACCCUUCCUACUCCACCUUCGACACCGUCACACACCCUCUCCACAGUUGCGCCUCUCUCGUUGAAAACCCAACCAGAUCAAACCCUUGAAACCCUAAUCCGAUUCCAUAAAUCCACCUCGUUUGCAUCGACUUUUGUGGUGGCAACUAUGACUGGAAGUCCUUGAUGAGUGGGUAUGCAAUGAGUGUGUUGUGGAGAGAAGGACAAGUGAUGGUCGUUAAAUCCA